GUUCAUAGUUUUCACAAACAAAGCGCGUCAGUGCGACUGUUCUCGACUUAAAUUUAUUAAAAAAGUAAUUUGCGCUAACUAAUUGGGGCUUUCAACAAUGGGCGCUGCAUUGGGCCUUUGUUCAGCGGCGCAGUGUGCGCUCUGCUGCACGGGCACGGCUGCCAGCAUGUGCUGCUCUGCCUGCCCCACCUGCAAGAACUCCUCUUCAUCCCGUUUCAUGUACGCCUUCAUGUUGCUCGUAGGCACAAUUCUUGGUGCCAUUGCCCUCUCACCUGGCCUGCAGGACACACUGAAGAAGCUACCCUUUUGCGUCAACUCCACCUCGACAAUCAGCUCCAAGACUAUAGGCACCUUAUCGGGCGGAUCUUUGCAACUGGACUGUGAAUAUGCUCUGGGCUAUAUGGCUGUCUAUCGGCUCUGCUUCGGUCUCGCCUGCUUCUUCACUCUGAUGGCCGUCAUUAUGUUGGGCGUGAAGAGCUCCAGGGAUCCGCGUUCGCACAUCCAAAACGAAUUUUGGCCUUUGAAGUUUUUGAUUUGCUUUGGCGCCUCGAUUGCGGCCAUCUUCAUACCAGAUGGAUCCUUCGGACCGGCCAUGAUGUGGGUGGGCUUGAUUGGCGGACUGGCCUUCAUACUCGUCCAGUUGGUUAUCAUCGUGGACUUUGCCCAUAGCGUGGCUGAGAAUUGGAUCGAGAAUGCAGAGAACAAUCGCGGCUAUUAUUAUGCAUUGGCAAGCGUCACUCUUCUCAGUUAUAUUGCUUCCCUCACUGGCAUCACUUUGCUUUAUAUCUACUUUACCACAUCGACUGGCUGCGGCAUCAACAAGUUCUUCAUCUCCAUAAAUCUAAUACUCUGCUUGGUCAUCAGCAUUUUGUCGGUGUUGCCGGCUGUGCAGGAACGUUUGCCACAUUCGGGUUUGUUGCAGAGCUCAUUGGUUACCUUGUACACCGUCUACUUGACCUGGUCCGCUGUGGCCAAUAAUCCGGAGAAGGCCUGCAAUCCGGGCAUGUUUGGCUUGAUGGAUGAAUUGCCCAAUAUUACCACAACCGUUGCACCUUCCCCCCACAACUCGAAGGUCACUUUCGAUACCACUAAUAUUAUUGGCUUAGUGGUUUGGUUGCUCUGCAUCCUCUACAAUUGCUUCAGCUCGGCCGUCAAGGUCUCCAACAUCAACAAUGACAACAGCGAGAAACGUGUUUUAACAGAAGCUCUAUCAGACACAGAGACCGGAGCCGCUGGCGAGAAGGCCAACACGGACAACGAGACGGAGUCCGUCAGCUACAGCUGGUCCGCAUUCCACACUGUCCUCGUUUGUGCUUCCCUCUACGUCAUGAUGACCUUGACCAAUUGGUAUAAGCCCAAUUCGGAUAUCGAGCUGAUCAACGGCAAUGAGGCUUCCAUGUGGGUCAAAAUCAUAUCCAGCUGGCUAGGCGUCUUUACCUAUGGCUGGAGUCUUGUCGCACCCAUUGUGCUCUCCAAUCGCGACUUUAGCUAAACAGUAUUGCCC